CAGAAAUAAUCACUACGACACUGCAGCAAUCGAAACAGCCAGUUGGCAGCAACCAUGAGCGUCACCGGCCUGUCUGCCCAUCCGCGUGCGAUGGACGAGCCCCUCCCUUCCGAGGUUGUCACGAAUCCGAACAGCAGUAUCGGCUAUCGCUGGAUCGUGACGGAUGCCGAAUGCGCUCAUAUAGCCGACAUGCUCCAUGUUGACAGUGACUUUGAAGCUCACGCUUUGAAUCCCAUUUACACCCAGCCAACCCAACAUUGCCGCGCACUAACAUGCCUCUUAACAAGCCUCCAAGAUCACGAUCCGAGGCAAUGUCAUGGCACAGCAACGGUCCGUCUGCACUGGUUGCGGUAAGUACAGCGGCCUCGAUGACUUGGUGCACAACGCCUUGUACACCGGUAUCCACUCUGCGGAUUCGUGCUCGAUGUUCUAGUCAAUGGACCGAACGGCCCGAGUCCUCCCCAUGAUCUUGUAUGCUCUUGCUGCACUACCAAAUAUGAAGCUCGUUCCUUUGGGGGGUUGUGGGCCUGGCAUUGUUAGACGGAAGGGAAGAUGGAUUGUAUGAGUCGAGUCUGUUGGCUUGGACGCUUCUUGAACUUAGUAUAGAUCUUUCAUCCGGCCUGCAAGGGGCCAAGGGUACGGUUUUCCCGUAUCCAGAGCGGUCGAACGUCCGGCACACCCUCGUUAGAAUACAAUGGCGUAGGA